AUGUUGAGGCAGCUCAAUCACAUGACAGGGGUGGCUGCCAGAAUGGAGAGAAAGGAGCACAACAAUAAAUUCACAGACAUCAUGGAGUAUGACCCUGAGAAGGACAGCUGGUACCUCCCUGGACUGUGGUAUGGCAAUCCCCCCAUGGCAAUGGUCAAUGAAGGGUGUAGUGAAGCAGUGAAUUACUUUAAAUCAGAAAUUAUUCAGAAGUUCAGGAAUUUAGAUACCCCAGCCCAUACUGUACAAAACCCUCUCACACACAUACAGUCAUGGAUUUCCUGGAAUUGACACGAAGCUUGUGGAAUGCAGUUAAGUAUGAAAACUUCAUCUUCAGCUUCCAUAACAGCCUUGAAGCUGAUGCAUACAACAUGCUCUGCGUGAAGUUUAACGUGGGAUUGGGACUUUAGAAAUCACAUGGUGGCGAAAAGCUGAGACAGAGUUAUCAAAGGUAUCAAAAUCUGACCUGCAAAAUCUCUUUUAAGGCAGAAGGUAUUAACAUGUUGAACACUGAGGAGAGGAACAUACUGCAGAAGCUGGAAGAGUAUUAAAAGAGAAGAGAGAAUCAUGUUGACCCUGUAGAAAGGUACAAGGAUAACUUUGUCAACAGUGCCAAGAUCCUGCCUAAAGAUACAGAAAACUCCUUGAAGAGCCAACUUGAGAUGGCAGUGGAAAGUAACCAGAAUAUGGCCAAACUAGAUCAUCUCAAGAAAACCCAGUCUGCCACCAUGGAGAAGCAGGUGAUAAAAUUGCUUGAUGCUUGUAGGGGAAAAGAUACAGAAAUGUCAGAUGAGCAGCUGGAGGUUGAAUUUGAAGUGCCACAGUGA